AUGACCUUCCGGCAUGGAUUCCCCUUCUCGCCGACGGCGCUGGCAUGGGACCCGAUACAGAAACUACUCGCUAUCGGCGACAAAGGCGGCAACCUCAGGAUUCUCGGCGGACCCGGCGUGGACGCGCACGUGCGCCACGAGGCGGGCGAGGCGGUGCUGCACGCCAAGUUCUUGGUGAACGAGGGCGCCCUGGUCACCGCCACCGCCGACGACCAGCUCCACCUGUGGACCUUCCGCCAGAAGUCGCCGCAAAGGGUGCAGUCCCUCAAAUUCCAGAGGGAGCGGAUCACGUGUCUUCACCUGCCGCUGCAGUCGAAAUGGGUGCACGUGGGCACGGAGCGUGGCAACGUCCACGUGGUCAACAUCGAGACCUUCGCCCUCAGCGGCUAUGUCAUCAACUGGAACAAGGCCAUCGAAGUGACCCGGCCAAAUCACCCGGGGGCGGUGGUCGAAAUAAGUGAGAACCCACUCGACGCCAGCAAAUUGCUGAUAGCGUUCGAGACGGGCCUCAUCGUAGUGUGGGACCUGCGCGCGCGUGCCGUGGAGUGGCGUGGCUCUUUGGGGGCCGGCGGCGCCUGCGACGUCAGGGCUGCCGCCUGGCAGCACGACGGAAAGCUGAUGACCGCGCACGCAGACGGCGGCCUAGCCACGUGGACCACGCGGGCGCCGCGACCCUCUUCCCUGUUGUACCCACACGCGAAAGCGAACAAAGACGGAAAGCUGGAGCCGUGCAAACCUAUACACAGAUUGGAGUGGAAGACUUCGAGAUCAGGUGAAAGUCUGGUGAUCUUCUCGGGCGGCCUGCCGACGGACAAGGCAGGGAAGACGCACAGCAUCACGGUCCUCAACGGCAAGAGCACCACAGUCCUCGAGAUGGAGCACAGCGUCGUUGACUUUGUCACCCUCUGCGAGAGCCCCCACGCCGCCGACUACCAAGAGCCUUACGCGAUCGUGGUACUUCUGCAGAACGACCUGGUGGUGAUCGAUCUGCUGUCUCCGGGCUACCCCUGCUUCGAGAACCCGUACCCAAUGGACAUACACGAGUCGCCGGUCACCUGCUGCUCGUACUUCGCGGACUGUCCGUCCGAUCUGAUCCCCGCGUUCUACUCGGUGGGUCGGCAGGGCAACAAAAAGGUGGCCGGCUUCAGCGAGAAGCUGUGGCCAAUCAACGGCGGCGAGUGGGCGCCAGCAUCCUGUUCCUACAGCGAGAUCAUACUCACCGGACAUGCCGACGGCAGUGUGAAGUUCUGGGAUGCAAGUGCGGGGACCUUACAAGUUUUGUAUAAGUUAAAAUGUUCUAAAGUGUUCGAGAGGCGCGGCGGGUGGGAGGAGGAGGGCGCGCUGAGCAUCCAGCAGCUGUCGCUGUGCGCCGAGUCGCGGCGGCUGAGCGUCGCGCUGCCCCACGGCCACGUGGUGCUCUUCAAGUACCGCAAGGCGGAGGCCACCGCGGAGACGCACGUAAUAGAAAUUCCAGUUAUAUCGGACACUUUAGAAGAAGAAACAUCUCCUGAGCCAGAGGGCAGCCGAUCUGCUUCGUUCAGUCGCGGUGGCGACAGCGUCGAAGGCGAGACAAAAAGGUGUGGCGUAUGGGCGGGUGGGAUGCUACGCGUGCGCGGUGGCAGUGGCACGGGUGGCACGAGACGUGCUGCUGGCUUCCAAGCAGCUCUGGUAGCACUCCAGCACGGACCACCACACCCCAUCGUCGCCCUCACCAUCAACUCCUCGUACGGACUCAUGGCGUGGGGCGGCGAGCGCGGCGUGGUGGUGGUGGACAUGUUCCGGCGCUGCGUGGUGGCAGCCCUGCCGCCGCACGCCCUCUACCUGCCCGAGGGGGGCGCUCGGCCCCACGACCGCCAGCGCUCGCCGUCACUCGACCAGCUGGAGGAAGCUCGCCUCUCGCCGGCUGCCACGCCGGACCCGCCCGCCGACGACCCCGAAGAACGUGCCAAACUCGACCUGAGAAGAAAGUCUACCUCGUGGAAAACUUUCAACCUCAAACGGCAGCUCUCUAAAGUCGAUCUCAAAUUCAAAUCCGCCUUCACUGUACCACCCGAGAACAAUUUAGACGAAGCCAUAGAAAAAGGCAACUCGCAAUUUUACUGCGACCCUGCCGAGAAAUCGGAGGUGGUCCCGGAGACCAGCGCGGAUACGCCAGAUACAGUGGAAAAGGCGACUGAAGUAACCGAGGAGGAGAAAGAUCUCUCGUCCCCUCUGAGGGUCUGCUCCGACGUUUUCGAGAGAAUGCACAAAGAGAUCCAAGAGAAGAGAUCGACUGAUGUAUACGACAGAAUGCACAAAGAGCUGCAGGAGAGGUGGCAGGACAAAGACAAAAUUGAAGUGUCGCCCGACCUCUCGCCGUCUAAGCUGGAGGAAGAGAAGGCCACGCGGCCCGACAAUCUGCCGUUGUUCGACGAGGAGGGCAAACCGACGAGGCCUCCCCGCCAGAAGAAUAAGAAAAAAGAGGAGGGGAGGGACCAAAGGGACCAAAGGCUGCUGUCGGUUCCGAACAUAAGGUACAACAAGCCGGACCCGCAUCGGGAAGUGAGGAAGAGGCAGUCGGCAAGCCAGCCGGCGCCGGCGUCCUUCGCGGGCAAUUUGAUGCGGCGCUUCAGAGAUUUUGUAGCGAGGCUUUGCACGAGAAAUGAACAGAGCCCGGUGGAAAGAACGAACGAAGAAGUUAUUGAAGUGCCCAACCGAAUAGGUAUGAUACAUGCAAUACGGUUCACG